GACAAGUAGAGUGAGGAGGGUGUGGAGCUGAACUGUGACAUUAUCGAGUAUUUAAGAUGCUACAGUCUAAGAGUGAGUUUUUAGUCAAAUUUCCCUCACCUUUCAUUUAGACAUGAAAACCAUGUACCACAAUAUCUUCAUUUAAGAACGUUAUAAUGAUCCAAUGAUUUUUUCGAUAAAUGAUUAUCAGGAUAUCUGCAGGUCUUUAAAAUUCUUAAAAAAACAUUGAAUUGAGGUACCUCAAAAAAGUUCUUUGUGGGAGUUAAAAAAUCUUAAAUUUCAUUACAAUAUUUUGUCUUUCUUGCCAUAGACUGGGACAUAAGCUGUAACUUUUGUGUGUAUAAGGUUGAAGGUCGCAGGCUUUCAGGAGACCGUACACCUAUAAACUACAAGUGAAACUGGUGGGACUGGCUGUCUAAUCUUUUUUUUUUUGGAGUUGUGUUUUUUAUUCAGCACCAUAAGACCUGUAGCAAGCACCGUUGCUACCUUGGAAGCUCACUGACUCAUAAUGGGCCAGUGUCAAUUAUAGCAACUACUUAAAUUAACUAAACCUAAUUAAUAAUUAGUUAAUUGGUUAACCCAUCCGUCAAAUGUCUGCCACCUAUCUGGGCCCAGGACACGUAAAUUGAUUAACGUAGUAAUUAUAUUACCAUAAACUAUUGUCAUUACAGCUGCGAACUGCUGACAAAAAUGGAAUAUAGAUGUCGAUAAAUUCAUAUACCUAAUGAUUAUAGGUCUCAUUGUCCUACUGGGUUUCGGUAAUUCUUUGACCGGUAUGACCGUGAAAAAGGUAUUAAAUUGCAUUUCAUUUGAAUUUUAUUAAAAAGGUCUUUAAAAAUCACUCAGAUUAUAUCAGAGUGUUAGGAUGUUUAUGUUUAUGACUGUCCCAGAGUGAUGUUAAUGAUCAUUUUGUCGAUUUGGUAGGGUUUAUUCACUGGAAGCCAGAGGAAAAAACUUCUCUUUGCCCCAUUUGACUUCCCUGAAGAGCGAUACUGUGAAGUUAGGAACUGGGCAGCAUCCCUGCUGUGCAGCUAAUCAUCUACAAAACACUGCACGAUUAGCCUCUUCCAUCCACUCAAAUCAAAACGGUUAACUUCUGUCACCCAGGAACACCCAGAUCAGCCAGCAUCUUAAUCAGAGAGCUUGUGGUAAACAGAUGAACUGGUGGGAAAGUGGAGGUAGAAGUAGCGGAGUGAUGAAGAUUAAAUGGAAGCGGGAGUCUGUUUUAGACUCCAAACAGCAGGUUUCAACCUCUCCUGUCUCAGCGGCAGAGCAGCACAUUAACUUUGCAUGCUAAAUCUCUGUCAGGACUGGAGUCUCAGUUAGGGGCCUAAAUUAGCAGCAGCAUCGUCAAAGGCCAGAGGAUGAUUAAUAUUUUUUGCCUGAUGGGAUGGGAUGAGGAGGUGAUAUAUGUUGUAAUGGAUAGUCAGAAAUGGAGAAACGCGAAGGUUAUGUGGUCGUCCAGUAUGACAUCAAUCAUAAAGACAGUAAUGGCCAGGACGUUUAACCUCUGAUCAUGAGAGGAGGAUAGUUAAGAGUUUUAGUAGCUUGAGAAUUCAGUUCUCAAGUGGAGUCUAUGGAUUUGCCAGAGUAACUGGGACUUUGUUUAUGAAAGACACAAGUCAAAAUUUUGUCUCAGAGGGUUUUACAGUUUUUACAGAAUACACAAGUUGACAAAACAUGUUUGUUCCUUUUACCUUUUCAUUUGAAUAAGGAAAAGCUGAGGAAACCCUCAGAAAGAGUAACAGGAAAGGGAUCUUAGCUCACUGUUAGCGUUGUUAGCACCGUCAGCCGUUGCCAUGUUGAAUCCCGUAUUGAGCACCUUCAAUUAGUGCAGCUAAGUGUUAAUGUAAGUUAAAAUCGAUUCAAGAAAAGUGUCUCAAAACUUCUGCACAUCAUAGUGAAAAAAUACAUUUUGUGUCAUUUUGGUGAACUUACCCAUUAAAGACCAGAAGAGCAGUACUGAUAUCUUUCCUCUAGGAGUGGAGCAACAGCGCAUUAACUGCUACAUGUGUUUGUUGAAGUCAGCAUUAUUUAGCUUAAAGGCACCAUUUAAAAGCAGGUUUGACCUGUGAAUAGUGGGCCAACAUCAGUCAGGGCAGCAACAGUGCUGCUAUUGAUCGUGGUAUUUUCAUUUGGUAGUUACUGCGGAGCUGUAGAGACCACAUUGUUCCUUUGUUUGAAUUAAUUUCACAUUGCUAACUCUACUCAUAUCACUUUUCAAAACACAAGUUAACAAGUGAUUUAAAGGAAAAAGUAAAGGGGAAAGAGGGCAACAAUAGCAACAAAAGACAAUCUAUAAAACAAGCCAAAUUAAGUUUGCAACCCACAUAGCAAAAAGUUUCAAAUAGAAGGCAGAAACAGAGAAAACAAAUAGGUUCAAGAUUGUGCACAGGAAGCUCGUUAGAGUUGUCAGGCAGACUCGGCACCAUAGAGAUGAUGUGACUCACUGCUCAGGCAGGUCAAAGUAAAGAUUGAUUCAGUCAAGGCUUCUCCAUCACAGUACAAAGCCACAGAGAUAAGACACUGACCGUGUGCUGAUGAGGUAACAUGUCUGAGCUGAGGAGUGGACGGCUCAUGUGAGAGACAUGCUUAGACUGCUGGUACUAGAAUAUAUAGACGCUGUUGGACAGGAGGGUUUACAGUGAGACAGGUGUGAAGAGCUCAGUGUCUCACAUAUAGAAAAUAAUUUGACAGCUGUACACACCACAGGCGGAGGAUAUGCUGCCCUCUCUGAUGUGACAAGCCUGUGGUCACAUAUACCUAAGUGUGUGUGUUUGCAGUCACACAUGUAUUUCUGCUGCUUGUACUUGUGUGCGUGUAAGAGUGAGGUGGUGUGUUUCAGAGUCAUAUAUAUAUGAAAGUGCGCCGACUUGUCAGACACAUGAAGUCCAUUACUGUCAGCAGAAUAUUGAGCUGUAACCUGCCAUACCUUUGUGCCACCUCUGAUUCCACUGAUUCCACUCAUCAGGGAACAGGAAGCCUUUCUGAGGACUGAAAUUAUGACACUUCUGUUUCUUGUGGCUCUUUUUUAUGCGGUUUUGAGGAUUGAAAUGCAGAUUAACAAGACAGAGGGUGGAACCAAAUGAGAUAUAGCACGCGGGGUGCGAAGAAGUAAAAAUAUGACAAAGUAAAAUAAAAAUAUCUUCAACUAAUUAGACUGUACUGUGAGCAUUUUUUAUUUUAAUUAAGAAUGUGUUUGGCAAUACUGGUGUAUUGAUGAACUCAGGAUACAAGUGUGACAUUACCUCAGUGAACACUGCACUGAGUGCAGCUCCAGCAUUUGAAUGAAUCAUAUUGUGUGCUACUUAUGUACCAACUCUAGACCAUGAAUCAUGAAUCAGUUGAGUUCAAUAGCGUAGACAUUUCAGUCUGCACCAAUGUGGUGGAGCCAACAAAUAUAACACAACCUGCAUAAUGAGUAUCUUUACAGCUGAUGCUCUAGCAAAAGCAGAAAUGAAUACAUGUUCUUGGCAAAAUGUGCUCACAUCAAAUAUCUAAACACUUCCUGUGAGUUAAGUGUAGACCGAUCAAUGCUAUUCUAUGUCUCUUCUGUGUGUAAUGUGAAUCCUACCUGUAGUCCUAUACCACCUUGGCUCCCAGGCCCAUGAGACAAACCAUAGGUCUCAGCCUGUGUGAGAGACAGUGAGACUAUGGAUUUAUUGAUUAGCCCUACAUCACCAGUGCUCUAUUCUCACCCCUACCUCCUCAUUAGAGAAAUAAGAGUGAAAAGGCUGGUAUGACUCAGGCCAGUCUUCAGAAUAAGACCCACACAAUAUACUGUGUGGUGUUGAGAUACGGAGCAAAUGUUGUCCUUCUUACUUGUUCCUCGUUUCCACUUCAACAAGCAUUGUUUUGUGUUUUAACUCUUAUCUUCACAAAGCGGUUGUGCGUCUACGUAAUCUUUUUAAUUUAUGUUUAUGUCUUUACUUGUAACCAGUGGUGGAACGUAACUAAGAACAUUUACUCAAGUACUGUACUUUAGUAUUUUCUUCUUUACUCCGCAGCCUUUCAGAGAAAAAUGGUAUACUUUUAACUUUACUACAUUUAUCUGACAACAUAAGUAGCUAAUUACAUUACAAAUUAAGAUUUUAUUUGCACAAAGGGUUUAUAAAACGUUGAUGAGGAGCUUGUAAAAUACAAUGUUUUGGGAUAAAUUAAACUACACAACAAUUUUUAUUUAUUUAAAAUCAUGUGUAGGUUUGUGGUACUGGUUGGACAAAGCAAACCAUUGUGCUUUUACAUUCAUGUCAAGUAAUAAUAAUCUAAUGACAACAGACACAGGGGGACAUUCCUCUGCAUUGAGUACUUUUACUUUUAAUCCCUUAAAUGCAUUUUGCUGAUUAUAUUCACAUACCUUUACUUUAGUAACAUUUUCAAUGCAGGACUUUUACAAUGUGGUAUUUUUUCUUUUAAUUAAUGUAAGGAUCUGAAUGCUUCCUCCAGCACUGCCUGUAAGUGAGAGAAAACCCGGAGGCCUGAUGGUUAUUUAAAGGAGGAGGGCUCGUUCCAGACAUGGAGGCUUGUUCACUAAACGCUUCCCCUUUCAUCUUGUGAUACAAAAGCUUGUACUUGGCUUGAAUUCGAUAGCCUUCGUGACUCAUAGUCUGCAGCGAGGAAAACGCAGCUUAUGCUUUUGAUCUUAGUGUUAUAAAAGACAUGAACAUCAAUCACACACAUUGUACAUGAGUGAAAUGAUAAAAAAAAAUGAAAUUCCCUCAAACACACAAGAUCCAGGCUUUGUAUGCUUGUGCACCACAGCUCAACAAAUUCAUUUCAGCCUUAUCACUUGUGAGUGAGCUCUACCUGCUGGUUGAGAUUCGUAACAACAACCUGUGACCCUUUGUUGGCCUCCACAGAACACAACAGUCUCUCUCGUAAGCAUAUCGACUUCAAACGUUUCCUAUUUUUUAAAAGACUUUACAAAUUUGACAUGCUUUUAUGACUCAAGAAUUUUGAAGCUAUUAUCCAAGUUUUUUUUUUACUUCUAUUUUCAUAGCAUUUUAGAUUUAGCAGAGAACAGGAGAUGUCCGACAAAACAUUUCAUCACAUUGGAAUUUAAGCCUUGUUGUCCCUUAGAAUAGAUAGUUAAGACAAUGAUCAUUGCAAAAAUGCAUUAAUCAGUUAUUACUUAAUUAAUUCAGGAUAAGAACCCGAUUUCAUGUUUCACUCUUGUCUUUCUCUAUUUUCUACAUUUAGAGUUUGAGAUUGAUUUUAAGAUCCUUUUGAUUUACUGAAACUUUUUUAAAUCUUAUUUGUGUCCAUUUUUUUUACAAUAUUAUUUUGUAUUUGUUUACUUACAUGAAGCACUUUUUUUGAGAAGUUCUAUAUGAUAAGGAGUUGAGCUGGUUUAUAUAAUACAUAAUAGUAGGAACUUAAAAUAACCAGAAUUCAGAAUGAUGUACAAUGUCCAUAUAGCCUUUGUUUUGUUAGUAAAAAAUAUAUAAAAAAUUAACUGUUAUUCUUGUUACAGCACGAUUCCUUCAAUAUGCUUCACAUAGAACUACUAGAAAAAGUAAAUAGAGAUAAAAGAAUAUAUAUUUACAUAAGAUAAGAAAACCGUUACUGUUUCUCAGAUGGGAAAUUCAGUUGAUACAGCAACACAGGGAUAAAUAUACUUACAGAUAAAUAGAGAAAUAAGCGAAUAUCCUGUUAUCCUGUUGUCCUAUAAACCACAAUUUUUAGGGAUUAAAAUAUAUAUAUCUGAAUCCCUAAAAAUUCUUAACUCUCUUCAACCUAAUUGGCUAUCAUCAUGAGUCGAACCGCAACAGCCAGCUAUGAUUGGCUGAAUCUGUGUAGGAACUAAACUGCGUCAAAGUGCAGCCAACAAGACAGACUAAAACAGGAAGUAAAGUAGGCCUCUAAAAUAAAGUAAAGAAGAUGAAGAUAUUUAGUUUAGUACACGCGGAGUAACAAAAAUCCAGAGUAGUGUUAGAUUGUGGGCUUUGUUAAAAUAAAAUGAUCCACGUUUGCUAAUAUAUAUCUCCUUGCAAAUAAAGUUGUGUGUCACACGUUUUAAUAAUUUGAAUUAUGUGCUUUUAUUGUGCAAUACAUCAUUGUAUCACUGUUUUAUGAGUGGAGAUAAGAUGAAUUGUGAUUUAUUAAUUAAUUGAAGUGUAACAUAAGCAGCUGCUCCCGUGUGCUAAAUUGUAGUUGUCAUAUCAAAAUGAAUUAAUAGCAAUGUGAAUAGAAGUCCAGACUUUUAAUUUAAUUUUGCACAAACAGUUUCACUGGACAACAAAGUAUGUGGUGUGGCAGUAUAAAGACAUCCACAGGCUCUUGGGUCUUUAUUCUUACCAUGUAACUAAGUUUGUUGCACUCAGUGGACGUUUUUCUUUGUAUUUAACCCCAACAACAAUCUUUGUUAAUUUGUUUCAGUGUCAGUAGCUGCUGCUGCUGCAGUGCUUCUGCAUUUCUGUUUAUACCCAAGCCAGCUAGUAACGCGGCUUUUUAAAUGAUUUAUUCUUAUUUUCUUCUCUUUGCAAAUGUAGAGGCGUAUUGAUGUGCAGAUGGUCUUUCCAGCCAUGGUCAGUGCUCUAUGAAGCAGCCAUUUCAACCCACAUCUCUUCUUUUUAGUUAAAUAUAUAGUAGUGCAAAUUGCUUGCAAAUCUACUGAGAAACUAUUUUCUCAGUAGGUUUGCGUAUUUCCAGUUCAGACAGGUAUUGCUCGCUCAACGUGCUUUUAUUUUGUAAGAUGAGGCCGGAAGUAGUAGUAGUAGUCGUUUUUAUGGCGGCUGAUUUGUUAGUAGUGGACAGACCGGCAAACCAGUUGAAAUCCUCCUCCAGGCCAGAGGGUCCAGCCCAUGCAAGUGUAAGGUCUUGCCCUGCAGUCCAAGUCAAACAUGGCGGUGCGUGGUGGCGACGUGAUGCGUUCGCGGUCCGGGUCCGGAUCUGCCACCGGCCACCCAUCAUUAGCAGCGCCCGUGUCCGAGCAGCAGAAACCGGGAAAGAGGAGGAGAGCUUUCCGCCUGACCGGGAUGAAGUCCCGCCACUGCUCCGUCAAACAGCCCCAGCAGCAGCAGCAGCAGCCCGCCGCACACAACAACAACAACGUGCCGUUCACGAUCCACUGCCAGAUCGGCAAAGAGAUCAAACAUAUCUGCAGCAACUGCCGGGGAGCCGAGCCGCUGGACGCCGAGGAAGUGGAGAGGUUGACAGCGAUGCGCUCUGAUUCGCUGGUUCCGGGCACACACACGCCUCCCAUUCGGCGGCGGAGCAAAUUCGCCUCCCUGGGUCGUCUAUUCAAGCCCUGGAAAUGGAGGAAGAAGAAGAGUGAAAAGUUCAAGCAGACCUCUGCCGUGUUGGAGAGGAAGAUGUCCACUCGCCAGAGCAGAGAGGAGCUCAUCAAGAAAGGAGUGCUGCAGGAGGUUUAUGAGAAAGCCGGCUCUUCCUCAGCUGUACUCCAGGAGGUGAAGAUGGAGAACGGGCGUUCUCCGGUGCUCGGCUCCGGCCUGUCAGAGUCUGAAGGUACUGAGCUGAUGGAAGGAGCGGCUGCAGCUGUAGGCUCUCUGGAGUUUCAGAUGCCAAAAGAGGGUGCGUGUCAACAGGACCAUGCCCAGAAAUCCAUGAAGAAGUCCACCCUGUGUCCGGCUGAUUGCGCUGAAUCAACACACUCCAGACCUCCCACGCUACACAAACAACCUCCUGCGCUGGCACCGAAGCCCUUACACAGGCUACCUAAUCACUUUGCAGACGGCGCCCCAGUGAAGUUGCCAUGUAUGUCUUCGAAGUUAUCUCCUCCUCUACCUCCAAAGAAGCUCAUGAUCUCCAUACCUGCAGGGAGCAUGGAGCCCUCUUCACUCGCCUUCCAGAAGUACCCCCCUCCCAGCCAUGCUCCAAUGGGCGGGCACUCCCUGCAGUACGGGGUGCUACCCCUCCACCCCCCCCGCCGAAUCAUAGAGGAGCUCAACAAGACCCUCGCCCUUACUAUGCAGAGGUUUGAGAGCUCCAUGAUGCACGCGGCGCCCGCGGUGAUGAUCGAGUGCGACAACGACAAAGAGAACCUCUCUAACGAGGCGGGCUACGAGGACCUGCCUGAGGAAGAGGAGGAGGAGGAGGAAGAAGAAGAGGAGGAGGAGGAGGAGGAGGAUGAAGAUGAUGAUGAGGAAGAUGAUGAUACAUUGUUUACAAGCACACUGGCGAUGAAGAUUUUACGAAAGGACUCUCUGGCCAUCAAGCUGAGUAACCGUCCAUCGAAGAGUGAGCUGGAGGAGAAAAACAUCCUGCCGAUGCAGUCGAACGUAGAGAGAUUCGAGUCUCGACAACAGACGGCUACCAAACUGACCAGGCGAUUGAGUCAACGGCCGACAGCAGAGGAACUGGAGCAGAGGAACAUACUCAAACCUCGAAACGAUCUGGAGGAGCAGGAGGAGAAGAGGGAGAUCAUAAGACAUUUGUCCAAAAAGCUCAGCCAGAGGCCCACAGUAGAGGCGCUAAGGGAGGCAAAGAUCCUCAUUCGCUUCAGUGACUAUGUGGAGGUCGCUGAGGCUCAGGACUACGACAGGAGAGCAGACAAGCCAUGGACUCGGCUAACAGCUGCUGAUAAGGCUGCUAUCAGGAAGGAGUUGAAUGAGUUUAAGAGCACAGAGAUGGAGGUGCAUGAGUCGAGCCGUCAUUUUACCAGGUUUCAUCGGCCGUGAGAUGGGUCAGGCAGACAAUCGGCCGUGCUUUUAUACUCUCACGACGAGCCUGAAGCGGUCCGACCGCUACCUGCUGCCCUCACACUGCUACGCUCCCCAGCCUCGACUUCAAACUGACGGAGUGGACGUGAACACAAUCCGUGUGCUGUGGCCGUGACAGGAAACAUGAGCUUUUAUAAAUGGAUUCAACUCUGAACUGGCGUCUCUCCCCUCAGUGGAGAUUUUACAGACUUCUUAAUAUUCAAACACUUUUCUUUUCUCUUAAGCUGAAGAGGCGGCCAUUUGUUUACUUUGCAGCACUUUGUUUUUGAACACCGCUUUAGUCGCACAGAAUCUGUGCCAAUUUCGAGGAGGUGAAGAUGGGACUUUAUUUUACACAGGGAUUGUUUUCUUGCCUUUCACAAUGUUCUUAGUGUCCUCUCUCAACUGGACUUUCUCUUUCCUUCGGGGGUUUCUUGUGUUGGCACAGUUUUAUUCCACAGAUGACGUCUCAAUGAUCGCUUCUUAAUUUGCCAGAGGAAUCAAAAUGGCAGCUGAAUCUUAAGCCAAAAUGACCUAAAGUCCUAAAAUGCUCUCUGCAAGCCAGUAACAGUGAGAAUUUAGCUCUCCUUCUACCACAUACACAAUCAACUGAGCAAUAAUUUCAGAUUUUUUUUUCAUUUGCACAUCUAUAUCUGGGCUGCAUUCAGGAGCUCCAAACACUUUUCAGACUUCAGAUCUCCAUUUUAAAGCACAGCAAGUCGCGAUCUUGAAUGCAUCUCAGAGUGACUGCUGUUGAGCGUUCAGUAACCCACCGUGUCACUGUGCCUACAGUAUUGUUUACAGGGAUUUAGAAGUUGCUAAAUUAUCUGGAGACACAGCAAAAAGUUACCGAACUCUGCAAAAGUACACGGUAGACUUUUUUUUUUUUUUUGCAUUUCAUUUUUUUAUUGUCCGAGAUUAAUCUUUGGUGGUACAAAAUAUGAAAUUUGCCACUUUACUUUUUAUUGUUUACAGUCCUUAUUAGGUUCAUAAACCACACUAUAGUGUUUUGACCACACUAUUGAAAGAACCGGUUGAUCUGUUGCGUGUGUUAUGACUGAUUAAGUGUGUAUGUACAAGUGUCGGUAUCAUUACUGUCUCUUGUACGUUUAAAAAUGUUUUGAAAGAAAUGUACUCAGAAUUAUAAGACUUGUACAUAGCAAAGAAAGUAAGCAAGACUUUCCAAAUGUUUUUUUGUAAAGCAGAAAAACUGCAUGUGGGUAUUAAUUUAUUGUGAGUCUUCUAUGAUGUAUGACGUUUCUUAAAGAAAGAAACUUAUUAAACAAUAAGUUCAUGCUUC